AUGUCCAACAAUGGCCUUCCAACAGUCCUUGCCGUCGGCACAGGCGAAUACACAACCGGAUUCGUUGGCAACUCUCAAUCGCCUUCCGACAAGAAACUCGGCGUUGUUGGUCUUGUAAUGUUCGAUCUUCGUCGUCGUAACCUUAUCGCGCCCGAGAUUAAGAUGGUUGGUACCAAUGGAGACAAGUUUGCCGGUAUUCGUCAACAUUUUAAGACCAACAUCGAGGCUAGAUACCGAGAGAUGGAUACCACUUUCACUUCCUAUCCCGCUGCAGGUGUGCGCGACGGUGAUGCGUACAAAGGGGCUAUUGAUAGCUUGAAGGCUGGAGAUGCGAUUACGAUUUUCACUCCGGAUUCGACGCACUUCGAUAUUGCGCUUUAUGCGAUUCAGCGAAAGAUCCAUGUGUUGGUGACAAAGCCAGCAACACAAACGCUGAAAGAUCAUCAGGAGUUGCUUAAGGCAGCAAGGGAGGCGGGUGUGCUGUGCAUGGUAGAGCAUCAUAAGAGGUUCGAUCCUGCUUAUGCUGAUGCUAGACAACGAGCUAGGGAUGAAUUGGGGGAUAUCAACUAUUUCUACUCUUACAUGAGUCAGCCUAAGAACCAACUCGAAACGUUCAAAGCUUGGGCUGGACGAGACAGCGACAUUAGCUACUACCUCAACUCUCACCAUAUCGAUAUCUGUCUUUGGAUGGUUCAGAACCGUGCUACACCCCUACGAGUUACCGCUUCGGCAUCGAAAGGUAUCGCCACCGAAAAAGGCUGCGUGGAGGCAACGGAAGACACCAUCACUCUCCUCGUCGAUUUUGCCAUUUUGAAAGAAAACAGCACUGAGAUACAAGAAGGCAAGCGAGCAACCGCAAUCUUCACCGCCUCCUGGACCGCCCCCCAAGGAGCUGGUGUACACUCCGAACAACACUUCCACUACGUCGGCACCCAAGGUGAAACCCGCAUCAACCAAGCUAGACGUGGAUACCAGUUUACUAAAGAGGAUAGCUCCCAACAGGCAACGGGGGGUGCUUGUACGGAUUACAACCCUUUCUAUAUGAGGUAUACGCCUGAUGCAGAGGGUUACUUUGCUGGCCAGCAUGGAUAUGGGUAUAUUUCAUUAGAGAACUUUGUGAAUGCUUGUACAAGGAUCAACAGAGGUGAGCGCAAAGCGGUGGAUUACGAUGUUGUGUUGCCGACGAUCAAGGAUACUGUUUUGACGACGGCGAUCUUGGAAGCGGGUAGGAGGAGCUUGGAUAUGAAGAAAAGCGUUGGGAUCAAGUACAACAACGGAGAAUACUCUCUUGAAUAA